UGACCCGCAGUCCAUGUUUUUGUACUAUUGUGUCAAAAUGUAUUUCCCGAACAAGAAAGUUGCACAUAAAAGGAGACGGCGCUCGGAAGAACAACAUCAAUCCAGUCGGAUCUUGGCUUGAACAACAUGAAGUGCCUCCUCGUUGCUCUUCUCGUCUUUGUGCUCGUCAGCCAGGGCGAGGCCCUGCGGUGUUACUGUGGAGGAAAACGGCACUGUCCAAGCGGAUCGGUGGAAGUGUGCACGCCUUCCAGCAAUGCCUGUGCCAGCGUCAUCUUUGAAGUCGGCAGCGCCCCCAGCUACUUUAAAGGCUGCAGCACGCUGCAGAACUGCCAACUGAUGAACAGGCCUGGCAUCUCCACGGCUAGCUGCUGCACCACCGACUUGUGCAACCGUUAACGCUGAUGUCGGAGAAGAACACGACAACGCUUAUGUUGAUGCUUGAAUAAUAAAAACCUGGUUUGGCUGUC